ACACCCUCUCUGAGGCAAGAAAGGAUCCUCUUAUCUGUGCCAAACUCCACUUCUUUGUGUUCAUAGCAAGAGUCUUUCAACCAUUUCUGGAAAAAUAUCAAAAAGAUGCUCCCAUGAUGCCCUUCCUGUGGAAUGACUUGGAGGAUUUGAUAAGGAGCCUUCUCAAACGAUUCAUCAAGCGUGAUGCUUUGCCCUCGAGUCCAUAUAAGCUGGUGAGGCUCGAUGUCACAGACCAGAAGCUUUGGCUUGGCACAAAAGAUGUUGACAUUGGCAUGGGUGCAGCAGCUGUUAUCAAGGGACUGUCAGGGGCCAAGGGCAGAGUAAGCGAGCUUGGUGUGCUGCAGUUUAAAAAAGAAUGCCAGAAUGCACUUUCAAAAAUAUGCAAGAAGGCACUGGAUAAGUGCCCUCUAAAAUAUGCCACUGUCCAUAACAUGAUGUGCCUGGACCCAAGAAAAAUGUAUUCCAGCCCUGACGAAUGCCUACAGAAACUGAAACGUCUCAUUGAGAAGUUUGUGUUGGACAAACAGUUGACAGGCGGGAUAUCUUCUGGUGAUGUGAUUUCUCAACAGUUUGAGAAGGCCCUUUCCAAUGAAGCCAAAUCGCUGGAAUUUGCAAACUUCCAGCCCUCAGUGUCCAGGGUUGAUGCAUUCCUGUCUCAGAAUCUCAGUUCCUACACUGAUCUGUGGAACUUCUGCAAGAAGUUACUACUCCUCUCACAUGGACAAGCUGAAGUGGAGCGGGGCUUCUCCAUCAACAAAGAAGUGGAGACGUGCAACAUGUCUGAGGAGACAGUUGUUAUUCAAAGGCUCAUCUGUGAUCAAGUGAAAGUUUGUGGGGGGGUGACAAAAGUGCCUCUUACAAAAGAGCUAAUCAGUUACUGUGCAUCAGCACGGAGCCGUUACCGGGCACAUUUGGAAGAGGAAAAAAAGAAGAGAGAGACCGAAGAAAACUCCAAGAAAAGAAAGUAUGUCGAAGAGGACCUGAAAGAGCUAAAGCAAAAGAAAAAAUCAAUUCGAGAAAUUUGCAUAUCUUUGGAGAAUGAUGCAGAUAGAAUGGCAGAGCAAGCCGAAAGUUCAGGUGGUAGUAAAAUGGCCACAUUGAUCACAGAAUCCAAUUCUUUGAGGAGACGAGCUAAAGAUAAACAUAAAGAACUAAUUGAGUUGGAUGCAGAAAUUGAAAACAAGAUUGUAGAAUUGACAAAACUGUCAUGAGGGCUUUGAGUUUGAGAACUUAAAAGUUGAAGGUUUACAUGUACCUUUAGUUAUUUAUUUGGAUUAUUUGCUGAAUGUUACUGUCUGGGCCUAUAAAAUCAGUUCCGUUUUUGUUUGAUCAGCACUGUGGUUUUAUAGGGAAGUCCGAAGAUUUUUCUCUAUUAUUUGUCAUCCCAUGUAAGCAUGACUGUUUUCAUGCUAUUCUGUUUGUAUACUGUUAUACAUGCAUAUCUUUGGAUUGCCAGAUUGGCAUUAAUCCCAUUGUUGACCAAGUUUGAUGUCUUCACAGCGCUAAAAGAAGUAGCUGAACAAAGCACUUUUAAAUAAAUUUCUGAUCCUGAUCUUUCCUACAUUUUUCUGACUGGAUCUUCAUUCAUUAGGUCUAUGCAUAGAUUAUUGAAUGUGCUUGCAUUUAUCUGUGUCUGAAAUGAUACAAAACACUAAUCAGACCCUGAACAACAUUUUCUUGGGGGAGAACCCCCAAACCCAGCUCAAGGCUAUUUGGCAGCCACAUUUACCCAUAAUUUAGAUCAAGU